GAGUUGGGGGGGUGGGGCUUGAGGAAGUUGGCAGUGGCGACUAUGGUGUUUGAGGUUGGGCGUGGAGAAGGAAGAAGGGUGGGUGAUUGGCUGAGAGAUCCAGUGUGGUUGGACUAAAUUGUUCUACACUGUUUUGAUUGAACUCAAGCACCCCUCAGAUUAGAAGCGCAUGAAGAAUUCAGAAGCCAGUAUUCUCUGAAGGAUAAAUCAACCAUUCCAGGAGGCGAGGAGCCCAGUUGAAGCUGUCUCUCGAAAUAUUUUGGUGAGUCAGUUAUGUUUGGUUUUCUCUGUUCAAGGCAGCUAGAAGUACUCAAACACAGGAGGACCCAUUUAGGUUUUCUUCAGCAAAAUGGUUUCUUUAUUGUCAAAUCGUUUACAUCAGUAGGUAGUUUAGUUGAAUCUAAUGAAAUACCAGAAGAGGAAAAACAUUCUUUUGCAGUGUCUUACCUCAUAAACUCUUGUGGGUUGUCCGCAAAAUAUGCAAUUUUAGCAUCCCAGAGGGUAGUAUUUCAGAACCCAGAGAAACCAGACUUGGUGCUAAAUUUUCUUAAAGAGAAUGGAUUCGGCAAUACCCAGAUCUCCAAAAUCGUCAGGAUGCAUCCACAGGUUCUUUUAGCUCAUCCUGAGAAGACCCUUUUGCCCAAGAUUGAGCUUAUGCGUUCCAUAGGGGUUUCGAGCUCUGACCUCAUUACCAUCCUUUCUUCAAACCCAUUUCUGUUCAAAACCAACUUAGAGAAACGUAUUAUCCCCUCCUAUAAUUUCCUUAAGACUGUACUUGUUGACGAGGAAGUCCUGAAAACUUUCAAGCGCGCAACACGUUCUUUUCUAUGUGAUGUAACGAAUACUGUGGCUCCUAACAUUGCACUUUUGAGACAACUUGGAGUGCCUCUAUCUAGAAUCUCAUUCUUCGUAAGCAGUUAUCCCUCUAUAGCGUUUAUUAAGCAUACUAGGUUUGUUGAGGCUGCCCAACAGGUUACAGAAAUCGGAUUCGAUCCCUUAAAAAUGGAGUUUGUCCUCGCAAUCCAAGCAUUAUUGAAGAUGAAUAAAUGAAAGCUGGAAUCAAGAUUGAAGCUUUAUAAGAGGUGGGGUUGGUCAAGGGACACGGCCCUCGCAGCAUUUAAAAGGCAUCCAAAUUGUAUGGUAGUUUCAGAAGAGAAUAUGACGAAAACAAUGGAUUUCCUUGUGAACAAAAGUGGUUGGCCAUCAACAGA